AUGUCGAAGCCAAUCUCCUUCGGCUUUGGCAAGCCAAAACCUGCCGCAGAUUCCCCUGUGGUAGGAACCACUUCCCUCAAAUCCUCCGUGGCGUCGAAGAGCCGGCCCUCGCGAACCGCUCUCCAUCACGACUCGGACAACGAAGAUGAAGAUGAGCCAAGACACGAGUCAGUCUCUGGCUUCUCGUCAAAUGGUGCUAUUCUAAGUCAACCCUUACAGGACUCACAAGUGAAGGUGAUAGCGAAUGCCGGGAAUGCCGACUGGCGCAGACAUGGGCGAAAAAAUUUACUUCCUGCGGAAGUCCAAGCACAACAGCAGAAUGGUGGCGCUGUCAUGGUAGAGCGAGACGAAGUCAGCACAGCUAGUGGGCUCCAGUUCGCAAGCAAGAACGAGGAGGAUAGAGGAUACCAGACGAAUGGCCAUCAGCAGGCGCAGGAGCAACAUCCAGCUGAACAGCCGAAGCAACUCACAGCGGAUGAGGAAGCCUUGCAGGCACUAUUAGACGAUGGUUCCGGCAAACCGAGGUCAAAUGCUGUCAUAUCAAUACAGCAAAACAUGCGGCUUUCACCCCAAGACGAGACACAAGAUUUCAGGGACGAUGUCGCUUCUAGGCCGGAUUCAAGCACCCUCGAAGAGUACGCCGCCAUGCCCGUAGAGGAGUUUGGCAUGGCUAUGCUGAGAGGCAUGGGCCAAAAACGCCGUGCCAACGGAGAGCUUAUUGACCUGACUUCGAAAAAUGAUAACAAUCCACGGAAACUCCGCAAACAGGAAGGCUUCUUGGGAAUUGGCGCAAAGGCAGCCCCUGGAUCUGAUAUCGAAUUAGGCGCAUGGGGUAAAGCUGACAUGCGUAAGAAUACAAAAGGAGAGGGAUUCUUCACGCCUCUGAUGCGAGAGAAUAAGGCCACCGGUGAACGCAUCUCGGAGGACGAGUUCCAGAAAAGGUUAAAAGAGUCGCGGAAUGCCAAACAGGAGGAAGAUUGGAAACAGCGCAGAGAUCGCAAUCUGGAGAUUAGUGGCGAGGCCGAGACGGGCGCGAAGAUUCCCGUUCGAAUAGGGACAGAGAUGACAGAAAUUAUGAAAGCGUGCGACCAAGACGUGAUGAAGACAGGUCACGGGACCGAAGGCAAGACAAGGAGGAUCCAGAUGAGCACGAUAGUCGACGGCGAGCCAAACAUCAGGAGCGUCAUCGAGACGAAGAUAGAUACGAUUCCAGUUCGUCCCAUCGAAGUCAUGGGGACCGGGACCGUGACCGUGACCGGGAUAGGGACAGAGAUAAAGACAGAGAUAGGUACAGGGAAAGACAUAGCGAUCGCCGCCAUCGGAACAGAUGAUUUCGGAAAGGAAAUGGGAGGGAAGAGCAACCAGUCAUAG